UUUGGCCAUCAAACUAAUCUGUCUAGAAAUAUAUGUACCGGUACUAAUUAUUAUGUUGUAUUGAUAUUUCUAGGCACUGUGCAGUAUAGUAGUCAAAGUGGUAUGUAUCAACGUUCUCAGCAUAGUUUUAAAGGAAUUCAAUGUCAGUUUCCAUUUAAACCUGCCUAUAAUGUUCUUAUUUUGUUUCAGGGGAGGUAGUUGUUCAGAAUCCAGGUUUUGUCCAGGUUGACAUGCCACAACCUAUCCCAGGUUGUCCUCCAGGUCUUGAGUAUCUUGCACAGAUUGAUCAGGUGAUCAUUAAACAGAAGAAAGAACUUUUUGAAAGUAAGAUCUAUAAUUAAAAUAACAUUGACGGAAAUAUUGAAUAGAAAUUUAGCCAGCCAUUAUUGGCUACUGUAUAAUUAACCCAUUAAGCUGCAGAGCUUCCCCAUUGACGAGUAAAAUCGUCUGGCAUUAGACAAGUAAAAAAAUAAGUAGGGUGCACUGGGGUGCAUUGCGGCUCAAUGAGUUAAGGUUAAAGAUUUGUUGACCUUGACAAGUGGGGACAAUAAUGUAAUGGUACCAUGAAAAUAGGGGUCGUCUGAAAGUAGUAGUAUUUUAAACUUCUAAAGAACCUUUACUAGGUGGUCCUCUAUUUAGCGACUAAAAAUUAGAGACUACAUGAUUGAAUGCUGUCAGUAUGUAAAUUUAGCCAUGCUGUUAACUUCCUAUUUCACUUAUUUUUUUUGUGAAUAUUUCUGCUUCAAAUGUCUAGUAAAUAAACUAUUACUUUGGAAAUAUUAUUUAAUACUUUGAAGCUUUUCAUUUCAAUCAGCUAGUGCCCUGACGGUAGAGCCGCCCCUAGGCCCUGUUAAAUCCAAAGUAACUGAGCCAUUUAUAGUAUGAAUUAGUAUAUGCAACUAAAUUUCCACAUGUUUGUUUCUUUUGGUCUUUUUGCUUUGUUUUCAUUUUAGUUUUAAUUCUUUUAUGUAGUUUUCACAGGUUGUGAGAUGCAAAACAAAUAUCAUGUGUACAACACACUUGGUCAACAAAUAUUCUUUGUUCAAGAAGGUUUGUUGUGCUUAUUAUUGACCAAGUUGUCUUGUAAAUAUUAAAUUUCUUGUUGAAGGGUUUAAGUUUUUUAUUAAUUUAUUUGUAUUGUUCAUUUAGAUUAUAUUUACAAAAUGAACCAUUGGUAUAAUAAACCGUUAAGUCUUUGAAAAUGAUGCUUGUGAUAUUACUCUGAGUGCAUAUCCACACCGGGCAAGCUUGAAAAAUAUGCCUGUCCACGGUGGUUGAAAAUGGUUUCCGUAGAGGGCAUAACAAAAUAAAACAUUUUAUAAAUAUAAUUUAGAUGAACAAUGCAAAUAAAUUAAAUUUCUUGCUGCUGCUAUUUAGAGCGUUCGGACAUUCAAUAUUAUUGUCAAUUUUGAAAUAUACAUACAUUUAUGGAAACUAUCAAAUGCAUUAAAUCUCUGACAUUAAAUCAAGUUGCUUUUUAAGUCAAUAUAAGGUAAACUGUUUUUAAUUGUUUGUAAUGAUAUAAAAUGCUAGUUUCCAUGAAAUUUAUUUCCAAAUAUACAAUAAUGUUGAAUGGAUCAAAACUGACACAGAGUAUGGGAGUGCUGUGGUUUGGAUAUAUGAAUCAUAGAUAUAAUAGACCAUGAAUAGGUUAAUCUUGUCCCCAGGUGUUUCCACUUGUGGAGGAAUUAUUCCCUUCAUUAGAGAGGCUGGGAGUAAGGUUUGCCUCGUGAAAUUCCAGUUCUAAAUAUGAUAAUUCUUGGAUGAUAUAUUUUUUCAAUUAUCUUGAUUUUAUCAUUUCUGUUCUUCGUCUGACAUUUUAAACUAACAAUACUUUGUCCAGGAAGGUUAAGUUGAAAAACAAGCAUCAAACAUUUAUUAUGUUUCGUUUUAUCAAUAGACACUGACUGUUGUACCCGUCAAUGUUGUGGCCCUUUGCGACCAUUUGACAUCCAAGUAGUUGAUAAUUAUCAACGUGAAGUGAUCCGUCUUGUGCGUCCUCUAAGAUGUCAGGGAUGUUGUUGUCCAUGUUGUCUUCAAGAGAUGGAGAUUCAUGCCCCACCUGGUCAGGUCAUUGGUUAUGUGAAUGAAAGGUAUAUAAGAUAUUUUACUAUAUGUUAUAUGCGAGCAGACGUAUUUCGUUGUAUGUGCAUGCACGAAGGAAAUAGACUUUGAUUUGCUAACAAACUAGAUUGCAGUGAAAUAAGCUGCUGUGCUUGGUUACCUGUACAUUAAAAAGACUAGAAAGUACUAAAGAUUAAAUAUUAGGAUUUGCAGGGGGCAUCUCACUCGAUACAAAAUGUUGAAGGGUGUUGUUGAUGGCAAUGUUUAGACCUAAGCAGGAGCGGCUGCGAAACUGUCGGCCCUCUCACAGGAAUCAGUCCCUGUGAUCCCAGUGCAGCACUCUAACCAACUGAGCUACAGAGUCCAGUUGUCAAGCUUUAACCAAACGUUCAUGUAUAUAUAUAAUUAUUAAGUUGUCGCCAGGGGCAUCUCACUCAAUACUGUUAGCCAGUGUUUCAGACGUCAAAUGUUUCAUGAGCAGAAUCCAAUAAAAAUGAGCUCAAAGAAAGAGUUCAGGUCGUUUACAUCAGGUUCGGUGCAUAAAGCUUGUUGUUCAGACAUUACUAAAUUGUCUCUUAAUGUAGCUAUUCAUGUUCUGUGGAAAGUUUCAGUCACACGAAGAACGUUAGCAGGCCUGGAAAAAUCAUUUCUUUCUGUGACCACUGUGACAGAACAAAAACAAUUCUGGCAUGUGGCUAACUAGGCAAGAACAGAAAACGAAAUGUAAAUGUCAUAGACUAUCGAGUCAUCCUAAUAUAUAGAGUACUAAUAUUGAUGCCCCUCGUUGACCUCACAUUUGCACUGCAAUUUAGUCCAUUCAUUUCCCCCUCACACCGAUGAACAGUAGGCUAUAAUCUUCACAUGAUGGCAUGGAGAACAGUGGGAUUUUCAUAAUAAAAUGAAAAGACAAUGGGAUAUUCCGAUCACUGGCCCAUUGGCAUUGAUGUCGAAGUGAUCAAAGUGUAUUUUAUGAAUUCAUUUUAGAUGGACAUGUUGUUAUCCAAAGUGGGAUCUCUUGAACGCCAAUAGAGAACCCAUUCUGACAAUUGGGGGUCCACUUUGUCAGUGUAAAUGUUGUGGAGAUGUCGUGUAUAAUGUAUGUAUCUUUAACAUUCUUGUAUUUUUCUAUUGUAUUACUUCUUGUACUGCUGUUUCCUAGAAGUGCUAUAGAGAUAGCCUGGUAGCUUUCGUUGGUAGGCAUGCAACUACCUGAAAAAUAUAAGGAGAUUUCGACGUUUCGAGCGAAGGCCCUUCGUUUCAUGGAGUUACCAGACGAAGGGCCUUCGCUUGAAAUGUCGUCGAAAUUCUUCUUAUAUUUUUCAAGUAGUUCAUUUUUCUUAAAAUCUGAUGAAACCAGUGACAUGCAGUACGACUAUUUUGCGUGUGAGCGCAGAAGAGAGUUGCGAAACACGGGAACGUGACAGUAUUUUGGGUUACCGUUAUUAAUAGUCAUACUAUGAAAUGAACUUCACCCUGCCCUGCCCUUACUCAACCCUGCCCUUAAUUAACCCGAGGCCUGAGCAAGCGCUAAGCUUGUUAACUGAUAAGAAUUGUGCUAUGUUAAAUGUAAAUGUGUUUUAAUUUGCUAACUCUGUUUAUCGAAGGUAAUGUCAGCAGAUGAAACAAAUGAAGUGGGAAAAAUUACAAAACAAUGGAUGGGUUUGAUGGAACUUUUCACUGAUGCCGACAACUUUUCUGUCACAUGUAAGUUAUCUUUAAGAAACUACGUAUAAAUGUAAGCUUUUAAACUUUGUUUCAUGGCAGACGAUCGUGUAGGCCAUCAGUGGUGCACGAUAUGUUUUCUGCUACUGUAAUUGUAACCUACCGUAAACGUUAUUUUGACCAUGGAUUGACAUGAUAUCUGUUGGUUAUUUAAUCCAGUAUUAAUAAUAUACUUAAAGUUGUACUGCAACGAAUUCUUGGACCUACUUUUUUUAGCUUAAAUAAAAAUCCAGUCGUUUACAAGCAUUUUCAUAUAUAUUUGACCAUCAUGCGAUGCCUAGAAGUUGCCAAAUUUGGCCUCUGAAGGUUUUUUGGUUUUUUUUAUUAACUUUACAAUCACAUUAUAUAAAAAAACACAUACAGCUAUGAUUGAACAACAGAACUAUCUACAAUCCCAUACUAAGUCCAUCCAUCUAACACUAAAACACGACGUAGUAGUACGGACUACAAACUGGACAACGUAAUACUGAUUUUACAGGCCUUUACACUAUAUAAACAUGCAAGAAUAAAUACUACACUACUAUGAAAUUAUUUGCGAGGUUCGGAUUUGACCCCCACCUACAAACCAGGUCAGCGCGAGGUAGUGCUAGCGGUAAUGCAAGUCAAAAGUGACUCCAGCCAUUUUACACCAGACUUUAGUCCUUACAACACGUACUUUACAAUAUAACAUGCAAGAAUAAAUACUACACUGUCAAAAUUAUUUGCGUGGUUCAGAUUUGACCCCCACUACCAUCACUAUAGUUGGAAACCACUAACCACUUACAUGCAAACCAGGUCAGCGCGAGGUAGUGAUGAUGGUAGUGGAAGUCAAACCCGAAAACCUCGCUAUUUAACACCAAACCAGCUACGAGCAGCAGGUGAUAUUGCUCGAGCGACAUUUCACGCAAAUUGGUUAUCGCAUCUUUUGCGCCGCCAUAUUGAUGCCGUGUGACGUCAUAAUAUGAACGGAAACGAAGAUAUGCUGAAUUGUUAUAUUUAUUUCAAUAUCAAGAUGCUCUGGACAAGACACUAAAUUCAGUGCUUAACAUCAGCAGGUGGCCGUAGUACCCGAGUACCAGAAAAUAGCCUGGGUACGAGGUCGACUUAACAGGAGAUCUACAACAUGAUCUACAACCACAAAUGAUCUAAUACAAAAAAAAAUGUUAAACACUUUCGGCUAUAUAGCGUCAUUUGCGCAAAAUAUUGAAAUUCACCCAUAUCUGCAUGUGCGAACUUAUUAAUUUUUACCUCACUAACCUGAAUUAUUUGCCUUGCAUCUGUUAGUUGUACUUUAGCCAGGGGAACAAUUCUAGCCAUGUAAAUUGUAUAAACAGUCUCUUCCUUCAGUACUCUUUCCAUUUCACGAGGUUUCGUCAAAAAAAGAUAUAGCACGACUGCACGAAUCUUCAAAAUGGGCUGAAUAGGUUCGCAGAUGCGUGAAAACCCGGUCAAUCUUUCACUCUGUGCCUGUGGAUCUCUUUCUUUGUUGGGAAAUAGAUGCAUGGGUAUUCCUUCAGGUUUUUCAGAAUUCGUGCAAUAAUCAAAGUUAGAACUACCAGGAACACGGCCUUCUCCGCGUUUGUUGGUUUCACUAUAAUUUUAAUUCGCCAUGAUGAAAUCGUGUUCAUCUUAUGACGUCACAUGGCAUCAACAUGGCCGAUCCUGACACAGGAAGUGCCAAAAAUCACAAAUUUGGUUUGAAUUGACCAAUUUUAAUUCUGUUUGCGGGAAACAGGAAAUCCGGGUCGAAAAUUUCGUUGCAGUAGCACUUUAACGUAUAGUAGUAAUACCACAAAAUGUUUUGGGAUGCCCUUUACAGGGGUGGAAAAAAAUUUUUCUUUCUGGGAACCUGGGUCGAAGGCUAGAAAUUUUCUCCAAAAUUUGCAAUGUUUCAAUUACAAAAAUAACAAAUGCAUAAUUAUUGUAUUAUUUGUACUCUAGUAAUAAUAGGCUUUAGGCUGGUUUUCAUAUGCUCGUACAUUGCAAUAGUUGUCUGUUAUAUACCACAGUUAUGAGUUAUGACCAACUAGUAAGGAUCUAAUGCUUAACUAAGUGUCAUAUCAUCUUAUUUAUUCCAUCACUUUUAUUUGUUUACUAUUUAAUUUGCAUUUUAUUGGAGACUUUGCAGAGCAUAUAUUUACCAUUUUACCUCAUUGUGAUGGCAGGGGUGGGUAAAAUAAUUAAUUUCUGUCAAAUAUUUAAAAGGCUGCUGAUGUUAGCGUGUACAGUGUAAAUAAAGUAGAAUAGUUGUAACUUGUAAGUUGAGUUAUCUCAAAAUGUUGAAAUAUUUUCUGGAAAAUUUUCUGCGAAAUUCUCAACUCAAAAAAAUUUCUGGGAACUAGGUUCCCAGGUUCCGAUACUUUUUCCACCCCUGGCCCUUUAUUUGUUUUCUGUACAGCUUAACGUAUGUGCCUUUCAUCUGAUCAUGGUUCGCUUCUUGCAGUCAGUCUCUGAUUAAAUUAUUAAGCUUCAGUCGAUCAUUAAAAGUAAUUCCAGUUUGACUCUUCUUAACACUCUAGGUUUUCUCUACGUGCUUCAUCAGUCCUGAAGUAUAUACUAUUAUCGAGGCCCCUAGGAAUAUUUUAUGUCGAAGUUUACAUCACUCCCCCCCCCCCACACACACACACCAAUUCCCGCCAUCAUAUUUGUAUUUACUAAGUGUAUUUGUUGAUUAUGAGAAGACCUCUCUACAUGCAUAUUUAACAUCUCGUGUUUAGUUCCAGUGGACAUGGAUGUUUCAGCCAAGGCUAUCGUAUUUGGUGCUGCAUUCCUGAUUGUAAGUAUGCGAACUCUCGUCUUUCUCUAAAACUGUGCAUGCUAAAUAAUGUACUUCUUUACGAACAAAUUGACGGAGGUCCAAACUGCAAAUUAAUUCAGGUUACUGCAUGGUUGAGUUUACACACAAGAAGGAAAACUUGACCGUACACACAAGAAGGAAAACGUAUUGACUGUACACACAAGGUCGUCUUUUGUUUGCCAAAACCAUAGUCGGGCAUAGAAAUAUUUCUUGUGCACUUAUGAAGUGUUCCUUAUUGAGGCCGUGUACCCACAAACAAAUUUUCCUUGCCCAAAAGCUCGCAUGACUAUAGAUUUGGAACAAGGCUCCUUGCACUGUAAAUUUCAGGGAGUUAAUUUAACUCCAGUGGUAUUAUUCUGAACCUAACUUUACUCCACAUUUGGAGUUAAUUGAGGUACAGUAUAACUCCACCGGAGUUAAAUUAACUCCCCGAAAUUAACAGUAUGGCAAAGAAUAAUUGUCAAUUUUUUGCCUUUCACGUUUUGCCGCAAAUCAAACUUGUCAAGAAAAAGUUGGACGUCUGUGCGGGCCUUUAUUGUAUCAUCCUGUCAGCCUCGUACCGGCGCAAUGUGGUCGCUAUGGCUUGCGUGGUCUUUUGCGUGGGUCGCAUUUUGUCCCACGCGUGUCGUCCCGUGUGCGUGUCGCGCGACGGCGUAGCACAACAAAGCGCCUGGGUACGAGGCAGUUAUCCUGCAUUUGGAUCCUAUGCUAAAUUGAUACGUUAGCUGUGGGUAACAUCUUUGGAUCACUUGUUUCUUUUUCAGGAUUUCAUGUACUUUGAACAGAGUGACAACUGAUGGCAUUUAUCAUGUGGAAAACAGUCAACAAAUCGCACUAACUAACAACUUUCUAACAAUAUAAUCUAUUUUACGGUAAUGCUUACCAGCAACAUCAAUAUUUGUAUCAACUAACUAGUAUAAUGCACGUCAGUGUGUAGGAAUGUCACAAUUAACGUUUGGCGUUCUUCCUAUACGGUAGACGAGUAUUUGCACUGCUAUAUAUAUUUAAGUGUUUUAACUAACUUGUACAUAUAGAAUUAAAAAAGGCUUAACGUCAAAAUAUACACGUGUUUUUAACCAAGCUGUUGUGAGUGAAUUUUGCAUGGGACUUAAUCAAAGCUCUCCCUGUAUUUCAUCUGAAUUAUAGUUUAGGGUGCACAGCAUAUCACCAGAUAGAUGAAACUAAAUUAGAAAAUUACUUUGUUGUCAAAUGACAUGCACAUUCUUAUUUACUAUAUUAAAAUAAUUUUGUAUAUCACUAGCUGUUUAUUUUAGUAUAAGUAUUUUAUCAUUUAGUAAAAACAUAAAUUGUUGAUCCAGCUAGUUCAGAAGACUCCACUGAUUGUAAUUCUAAAAGGAAAAAUGUU